GGAUCAUUCUAGGGUUCUUUUAAAGAUGGGAGUGCUCUCUACAACGUUCUCUACCUUGGCUCACCUCAUCUACCAACAAUCUCGACUCAUCUCUUUUCGCCGGCAAGCUUGGGCUAACCUUACCUCGACGGAGACCGCCACAGAUGCUCAAGUUUACAAGCCCUAGGUCAGGUUUAACGAACAUCAGAUCUUCUUUGUGAUCUGUCUCGCACAACAAGCCUCCUUGUGUUGAUCAGAAGUCACAGGGCUUGAUUCCGAGAGUUCAAUGACCAUUAGAUCUUAUUUCACCCCUCUCUCCGUGCAUUCUGUAAAUUCCUCUCUAAAUCCUCUCUUUGAUGUUGAUAUCUCUAUCUAGCCGAGAGAACAAAGGAGAAACAUAACUGAUUUUUUUUGUUGCCCCUUAUCGGAAAACACACACAAACACACUUUUUCUGUGUGCUUUCUCUUUCCUCAUUCCUAAGCCCUAACUUCGACUCGAAAUCCUACAUCUCCGAUCUACGAACCUUUGUCCCCUUUGAAACCCUAAGAUCAGACCGUCUUCUCAAAUUAGGGCUUGUGGUAUCGAUUCAAAACAUGUAUCCCACCGCAUCCAUCAUCCAUCAAAACAUCUAUAUCCCAAAACGAUUGUUUCUUCUUCAAAACCCAUUGAACGUGUGUGUGUAUGAAAAGUUAGAGAAAAACAUAUGGCAUGCAGAAGGUGAAGCAUAUUCAUCCAGUGGAUCGUGAUUUUUGGUCAAGAUAACUCCAUUUUCCUAUUAUAGGUCAACUGCAAUCCAUUAUAUGUCCUUCGCCUCUUCCCUUGUUCCCCCAAUUCCUUCCCUAUGCCACCUUCCUCUCUCUUCUUCCAGCGAUACCCCAAUUCCUUCAUCAGACUCAUCUCCGCUGCUUCACCAAGCGCCUCUCUAUUGCACUGAUCUUAUUGUUUUCUUAGAGUUGGCAAUUUGAAGUGUAUAAGGAAAUAAAAGCUGAUUGGUAAAGGGAUGCUUCAUCCCUACUUGUUGCUAUUGGUUCUCAUUUACCAGACCUUGUAAGUAGAUAGAAACAGUCAAAAAGAAUAUCAUCAUUCUUUCACAUCUAUCUUUGUUCCAAAAUGUAUGCACAAAACUCAACUCUUCAAGAAACUCAGCAGAAAGAGGCAUCCAUUAAAACAAUGGUUGACGACCCUGUAAAAUCAGAGCACACUCGGUGGAAUGCAAAGGCAAUUGGAGGCUUGUGGGAAACCACAGAUGGCAAUGAUCCUUCAGUUGACAAAUCCACUCUUGUUCACACUGCUCUUAGGUAUGCCAAAGACCUCACAGGACUUGAUUUGAAAAAUUGCCAACAUUGGAAUCCUUUCCUCGAGAUUCAUUAUGACCGAGUUAAAAAAGAUGGAAUAUUUAGCCAUAAGGAGGUCACAGUACUCUAUGUUCCUGAUUUAUCAGAUUGUUUACCUUCAACAUAUGCAUGGAGGGAUCAAUGGCUUUCACACAAGAAAGCUAUUGUUGAGAGAGAGCAUCGAUAUGCUCUUAAAAGAGAGAUAGCUCGAGGAAAGAAGGAAGGAUUGAAAGAUAAGGAACCUGGGACACCCAAAGAUCUGAAGAAGGAUGCAAAAUUAGAAAAAGAGAAAGUGCCUGAAUCUGAUGAGUCAGCAUCAAAACUAAAAGAAAUGGCAAAAGAUAAAGUCAAAGAACCUGCAAAACAUAAAGUGGUAGAUAAAUCAAAAGUAACUAUUGCGGAGGAACAAAGUGUUGCCCCUGAGCAGAAAAAAGAUGAAAAGAAAGGUAAAAUGGGUUCCAAAACGAAGGGUAUUAUUGUCCAGUCUGACAGUAAUGAAAAAUUGGAAACUGAGGAGAAGUUAAAGGAGGAGAAAGUGAAAAAAGAGAAGGAUGUUAAAGGUGAAACAAAGGGUAAAGAAGUAAAAGAUAGUAAAAAGGAUGAAGAGGUUACCACACUUUCUAAUGUUGAAGAAAAAAAGAGAUUUGAAUUUCUGGAAGCAGUGAGCGGUAUAAUGGAUGCCCAUCUUCGUUACCUCAAACAGGGAUAUGAGCUUUUGCAUCAGAUGGAGUCGUAUAUAAAUCAGGUGUUGACAUAUGGUCAACAAUCUCAAGAGAGAUCAAAUUAUGAGCAAGCAGCUCUGAACGAAAGAAUGCAAGAGUACAAAAGACAAAUUGAUCGGGAGAGCAGUCAAAUAUCUGGUCAGAGGAAUAGCUCUGAACUCGGUCAUGGCCUGCUGAGUCGUUGGCUUUCUUCUCAUCAUCACCAUGGUGGAGGCGGAGUACAUGAUGAGAAAUCUGUUGCUCAUCACACUUUUAACCUCUUGACUUCAACUUUGAAGCAGACAUGA